CGCAGACAUCCCACGUGUCAUCGAAUGCAACUGCGUGACGAAGAUGGCGGAGGGUGAAGUUGUUGUGAAGAAGGAAAAGAAAAAGAAGCAGAAGCUCUCAGACAAUGAAGUUGGGGACAUCCAAGAGUCUGGGGAUUUCCUGAUUAAGCCAGAAUCCAAAGUCGCUACCCUCGACACGUCGCAAUGGCCUCUCCUUUUGAAAAACUUUGACAAGCUGAACAUUAGGACUGCCCAUUACACACCCAUUCCAAAUGGCUGCAACCCACUGAAGAGAAACAUCAACGACUAUGUCAGGUCAGGUUUCAUUAAUCUGGACAAGCCGGCCAACCCAUCGUCUCAUGAGGUGGUGGCCUGGAUCAAGCGUAUUCUCCGGGUGGACAAGACGGGUCACAGCGGAACUCUGGACCCUAAGGUCACGGGCUGUCUGAUCGUGUGUGUGGACCGCGCCACACGAUUGGUCAAAUCUCAACAGAGCGCUGGCAAAGAGUAUGUGGGCAUAGUACGGCUGCACAAUGCCAUUGAGAGUGAGCACCAGCUUGCAAGGACUAUGGAGUGCCUCACAGGAGCUCUGUUCCAGCGGCCUCCCCUCAUCGCUGCCGUUAAGAGGCAGCUGCGUGUGCGCACCAUCUACGAGAGCAAACUCAUAGAGUAUGACCCUGAGAGGAGACUAGGCAUCUUCUGGGUGAGCUGUGAGGCAGGAACCUACAUCCGAACCCUUUGUGUGCACAUGGGCUUGAUGCUGGGUGUUGGUGGUCAGAUGCAGGAGCUGAGGAGGGUGCGGUCGGGCGUUCUUGGAGAGAAGGAUAAUCUGGUGACCAUGCAUGAUGUGCUGGAUGCCCAGUGGCAGUUUGACCACAAUAAGGACGAGAGCUACCUCAGGCGCGUCAUCUACCCCUUGGAGAAACUGCUCAUCUCUCACAAGAGGAUAGUCAUGAAGGACAGUGCUGUGAACGCCAUCUGUUAUGGUGCCAAGAUCAUGCUGCCGGGUGUGCUUCGGUAUGAGGACGGCAUAGAGCUGAACCAGGACAUUGUAGUGAUCACGACUAAGGGGGAGGCAAUUUGCACAGCCACUGCCCUCAUGACCACAGCAGUUAUCUCCACGUGUGACCACGGGGUGGUGGCCAAGAUCAAGCGUGUCAUCAUGGAGAGGGACACAUACCCACGCAAGUGGGGCCUCGGACCAAAGGCAAGCCAGAAGAAAAUGAUGAUCCAGAAGGGUCUCCUCGACAAACAUGGCAAGCCCAACGGCAGCACGCCAUCGGAGUGGAAGGAUGGCUAUGUAGACUACAGUAAGAAGGCACCUGCUGCAGAAUCGACACCAGAGCCAACCACGCCUGCAAAGAGGAAAAGGGAGGAGAGUGGAAGCGACGACGAUGGUGAUGUGACAAUGCCAUCAGCACCAGUGACUCCCAAAUCCGAAGAUGAGAUCAAAAAGGAAAAGAAGAAAAAGAAAAAGGAGAAGAAGCUGAAGUUAGCAGAGGAGGCAGCUGCCGCUGCAGCAGCUGAGGGAACAGCAGAGGAGGCUACAGAGGAGCCCAGUGCUGAGGCAGGUGAGAGUGCAAAGAAGAAAAAGAAGAAGAAAAAGAAGGAAGAACAGACAUCUGACUAAAUACUUGAUAGAGAGUAAGGACUGUGUACAAGAGACUUGAUGCCCCUUGUGAAGAGGCUUGAGUGCCUGGGUUAGGCAGAGUCCAAGAUUCUGACUCAAGCCUAAGCCCCUACUGUAAAGUCAUGUUCAGUUCUGUUUUUCAUCAGAGAAUUGAUAAUGGAAGAUGUUUAUGGCUGUAAAUCUCUAUGGUUUAUUAUGUUGACUCCUGUGGCAUUGGAUGUUCCCCAGGUUUUGUAUCAUAUGUUUGUUUUUUCUUUUAUCCAAACUGAUGUGGGGAAUAGUUUCCUGUUAACCAUGCGUGAAAUGUUUUUUUUUUUUUUAAACUUGUAAAUAGAAAAUCAAGUAUAUCGAUUGCAUUUAAUGAAGCUGGAGUUUUUUUCUACAAAAAUGAAUUGUGUGGUCUCAUUUAUGGCGUUAAUGACAAGUAAGGGGAGCAUGCUGGUUGACACUGACUUGUUGGAAUGGUUUACCAGCUACUGUGUAGUUGGAAUAUUGACAUCCUGGAAGCUAUUGGGUUUUAUCAAACAUUUUAUGGUUUUAUUAUAGUCUCUUGCAUUACAGUGAGAAAUGUAGGCUACACAGCGAAGGGGCUGAACGCUUCUUUUUUCACAAGGAAGGUAGUUCUUCACACAGGAGCACUUAUUGCAAAGAACUUAACGAAUAUGUGGUAACCCGAAAUCAUUACUUUGAUCGAGAAUGGUGUGCGUGUAAAAGGGGGACGUGCCUCUUGGAUGAAUUUGGUUGAAGAAAAUUCAUAGGUUACGGUAUUUUAAAUAAAGUUUUGAUUGUUCAA